AUGGCAGUAGCAUUAACAAGAAUUGGAAAGUUAACACCAGAGAUCCAACUCGCUCAAGCAAUAUCGGAGUUUGAAGCUAUCUUGACGCUUGACGACAAAUCAGUGUUGCGGAAUCUGAAAAACAGACACCCUCCAGAUGCAAUUGACAUUGUGAGGCUGACAGCUGAGAUUGAUCGGUCAUCUCAAUUCAGCAGAAAAUGUGUUGGCACCCGCUUUAGCAAUGUGCUUCGAGCGAUUCAAGCAUUUACUUCCGUUGGAGAUAUGGUUGUAGGGGGAUCCCAAAAUAUGAUGGCGAGUGGGCUGUGGGCAUCGGUUCGAUUUACUCUACAGCUAGCAACAAAUCAUGUCUCAUUUCUAGAGAAGUUUUCGACCCUAUUUAUGGAGAUUGGUCGGUCUGCCCCGCGCUAUCAAGAGCUUGCUCUGGUAUACCACCGGUCUUCUGAUCUACAGAAAACAAUUUGUGAAUAUUUCAUCACUCUGGUACAACUAUGCACCAAAGCCGUGCAAUUCACUCGACGGAACGGUCUGAAUCGACUUUUAGUCACCACCUUAAGGUCAUUCGACUCGGAAUUUGGAGAUUCUAUACAGAAGCUUGGGGCUCUUGGGAAUGCAAUCAAGGAAGAGGUUAUAUUUCUCUCAGCCAAGACCCAACAGGAAGAGGCCCGCGAGAACUCCAUGUUUCGCUCGCUAUUAUUAGAUAGAUUCGAUAAAAGUUCCGAGAUGAGACGCAAGUUGGCAGCGAAGUUGUCACUGCUGGAUGCAUGCUCAGCAUAUGACUAUGCAUCGACGUGGCGGCGGAUCAGGAAGAAAGGAAAAACGGCCUCAUUGUCCGAUUGCAACGAGUAUAUCACUUGGAGAGACAAUCCAGGCGUCACCAACCCACUGAUUUGCUUCGGUAAACUAGGAUCAGGGAAAUCUGUUUUCACAGCGAGUCUGAUCGAAGAUUUGCUUUUAAGUGUCCCCAAGGGAGCAACGGCCUACUUUGUAUGUAGGCACGAUGUGACUGAGUCAUUGCAAUCAAGGACGAUUCUGGGGUCGCUCAUACGACAAUGGUUAGAGUUCAUGGAUUUGAAAGAUAUAUUGGAUGCUAUGGAUCAACGUGCCCAAUUACUGCCACAUACAUUAAAUCUCGAUGAGCUAGUUUCGAUGUGUCGCAAACUCUUAUCUGCAAAGCUACAAGGAAAAUCAAUGUUUCUGGUUAUUGAUGGUCUUGAUGACUGUGCGGAACGCGAAAAAAGGAUUGUGAUGCAGCACCUUCAUGAUUUUGCUGAAAACAGCACACUUCGAUUAUUCCUCACAACUAGAUCGGAAUUAGAGUUGACUUCGUCACUAGUCGAUAAACAUUUUCCGCGUCGAUCUAAAAUGCAAAUCUCGUUGCAAGAAAACGACAUCUCCGAUUAUGUCAAUGAUGAGCUCCAACGACGCUUGGAAUCUGGUUCCCUCGCCCUCAAUGACCCUAGGACAAUCGUUGAUAUUCAGGAUAUAUUGAUAGCUAACGCUCAUGGAAUGUUCCUUUGGGUGGUGCUUCAGAUAGACAGCAUAUGCAAUGAGGAAUCAGACGAUGCUAUCUUGACGGCAUUGAGAGACUUACCACGAGAUCUGCCUGCAGUGUACGAUCGGAUCUUGCAUAGAAGUUCACUAUCAACCUAUAGCAAAAAGCUACUACAAAUUAUUUCUGCAGUAUACCGACCCUUGACGUUAUGGGAGCUUCGUGAGGCCCUCAGUGUAAGACCUGGGGAUGAUACUAUGGAUGAGAAAAAGUUCAUCACCGACAUACAAAAGACAAUUUCAUCCUGUGGUAGUCUGCUAGAGCUGGACGACGAGACUCUGACGGUCCACUUUGUUCAUCCAUCAGCCAAACAACACCUUUUAUAUCCUGAUACGGCACACACUUCUAAUUUAUCAAUACGAUUCAGCAACGUGGAGGCGAGUUGUUUAAUGGGUGGUAUAUGCGUUACAUAUCUGAACUGGGGCGUCUUUGAGAGUCAACUUACGUCUCGUCAUACACCAUGGCAGAUAAGCGGGUCCGACGCAGUGUCUGCCUCAGUUAAAUUUCCUUUGCGAUCUGCCAGUGUUUCGAGGAAAGUUGCUCAAAUGUACCUGAAAAGAACUCUGAGAUUAUCUUCAUCCACUAGUGCUUCUUCAUUCGAUUUCAAAGGAGCACUCAUGGAGGCAUAUUCUGGUAAAGACAAGAAGCAGCCUGUCGAAGAAUUCUUCUUUCUGUCCUAUGCCGUCAAGUACUGGCUUGAGCACUCUGGGAAACUGAAUAACUCGAUGGGAAGAGUUUGGACUCUGUGGCAGAAGCUGGUUAAUAACCCUCCAUCAAUCAUAACCAGUUUCCCUUGGGACGAGUCCGAUGAUCAUGUUUAUCUCCAUGCCCAGAUGCGGCGAGCACAAUGGGCGUUUGACAACCGCCAUCAGGCUCUUGUUUUGUUCUUAAUGAAGAACGACAAAGAAUCUUACUUAAGAUUGGUCGAGCUGAUUGAAGAGACGGCUUUGGCACAACAGUUAAAGGGAGAUUGGGAAAUAGCUACAGAUAUCCGCCACAAUAUCGUCGAGUCUCUAGCAUCCGCAUUUGCCGCCGCUCCUUUAGACGUGUUAAGAGCCACAUGGAAUUUGGCUCUAUCAUAUCAGGCCACGGAAGGAAAUGAAGAAAUGUUAGAGUCAUUGCUUACGGAUUUCUUGCUUAAGCUAAAAAUGGACUACAGUCCAUUCAUUGACAGCAUACUGGACACUUCGGCAGCUUUUCAAAGGGCACGAAAUCAUACUCGUCAUAAAGCAAUCGCGGAGCAAACAUUGAAUUUGGCAUAUUCAAUGAGUUCAAGACUGCUCGGGAAUCGUGAUGUUAACACACUACGAUUGCGGCACGAUAUUGAACAUUUUGAAGAGAGGCAUGCAAAGAGUCUCGCAUUGUAA